UGGCACCUUCGCAAGCCACGUGCGACCCCCGGUUCUAAUCUGUGUGCGGACCAGAGCAUGAUCUGUGCCCAGUCGGAGGCUGCCAAGGAAUUGACGCGCAUACACGUGGUGGUUCAUUAUGCUGCUGCACCUGUGUAGCGUGAAGAACCUGUACCAGAACAGGUUUUUAGGCCUGGCUGCCAUGGCGUCUCCAUCUAGAAACUCCCAGAGCCGGCGCCGCUGCAAAGAGCCCCUCCGCUACAGCUAUAACCCAGACCAGUUCCACAACAUAGACAUCAGGAAUGGCGCCCACGACGGCAUCACCAUCCCUCGCUCCACCAGCGACACUGACCUGGUCACUUCAGACAGCCGCUCUACACUCAUGGUCAGCAGCUCCUACUAUUCUAUAGGGCACUCCCAGGAUUUGGUGAUCCACUGGGACAUCAAGGAGGAAGUAGACGCUGGAGACUGGAUUGGCAUGUACCUUAUUGGUGAAGUGUCAUCUGAAAACUUCCUGGAUUAUAAGAACCGUGGAGUCAAUGGUUCUCACAGAGGCCAGAUCGUUUGGAAGAUUGAUGCCAGCUCUUACUUUGUGGAAUCUGAAACUAAGAUCUGCUUCAAAUACUACCACGGAGUAAGCGGAGCCCUACGAGCUACAACCCCCAGUGUCACCGUCAAAAACUCAGCAGCUCCUAUUUUUAAAGGUAUCAGCUCUGAAGAGACUGUGCAAAGUCAAGGAAGCAGGAGGCUGAUCAGCUUCUCCCUCUCAGAUUUCCAGGCCAUGGGAUUGAAGAAAGGGAUGUUUUUCAACCCAGACCCCUAUCUGAAGAUUUCCAUUCAGCCUGGGAAACACAGCAUCUUCCCGGCCCUCCCUCAUCAUGGACAAGAAAGGAGAUCCAGCAUCAUAGGCAACACUGUGAACCCAAUCUGGCAGGCAGAGCAUUUCAGUUUCGUGUCUUUGCCAACUGAUGUGCUGGAAAUUGAAGUGAAGGACAAGUUUGCCAAGAGCCGUCCCAUCAUCAAGCGUUUCUUGGGAAAGCUGUCAAUGCCCGUUCAGAGGCUGCUGGAGAGACACGCCAUAGGGGAUAGGGUGGUCAGCUACACACUCGGCCGCAGGCUUCCAACUGACCAUGUGAGUGGACAGCUGCAGUUCCGAUUUGAGAUCACAUCCUCCAUCCAUGCAGACGACGAGGAGAUCUCGCUGAGUGCCGAGCCUGAGUCAGCAGAAAUGCAGGCCAGUGUCAUGAAUAGGGCGGUGGAAAGCAGCAACGGGGAACCUCCCCGAGAUGCUCCAGAAUACUGCAAGAACGUAAGGCCAGAGUCACCAAAUGAAGGGAAUGUAGUGAACAGCUCAGGAAACCAAAAUCAGGAGCGUGCCGGCCCGAUUGAAGAAGCUGCCGGUACUAUGGAGGCCGGAGAGGGUGGCAAGUUCUCCGAAGGACCGGAAGAGCCUGGAGAGCUUCAGGACCCAGAGCAACAUGACACCCAACCCACUCUGAGUGCAGAGGAAGUGGCAGAGGGACUUCACCUGGAUGAGGAUUUGCCACCAUCGCUGUUGCCAGAAGAUAGUGCGGCUCUAGGCAGCAAGGUAGAAGAGGAAAUAGUGGCCGAAAAUGGAACCAGAGACGAGGAGAUGCAGGAGAAGAGGCAAGAGGAGGAGGAGGAGGAGGAGGGUGUUUCUACCCUGGAGCAGGGAUCGCCUGGACUGCAGCUGAGGGCCUCAGUGAAAAAAAAAAGCAGACCAUGUUCCCUACCUGUGUCCGAGCUGGAGACGGUGAUUGCAUCUGCCUGCGGAGAGCCUGAGACCCCCAGGACGCACUACCUCCGCAUCCACACCCUGCUGCACAGCAUGCCCUCGGCCCAGAGGGGGAGCACCACAGAGGAGGAGGACGCCAUGGAGGAGGAACCCACCCUCAAGGAGUCCUCCGAGAAAGAUGGGCUCAGCGAGGUGGACACACUAGCCGCUGACCCCCAGUCCAUGGAAGACGCCACUCUGUGCGCGGCACCCUCUGACGACCCUGGAGGCCAUUUCUCCAGUUUGCCCAAAGGCGUCGUCGGCUCUGGCCAGGAUGGAGAUGCGCACCCUAGCACCGGGAGUGAGAGUGACUCCAGCCCCCAGCAGGGAGCCGACCACAGUUGCGAGGGCUGUGAUGCCUCCUGCUGCAGCCCGUCCUGCUACAGUACAUCCUGCUACAGCAGCUCCUGUUACAGCAGCUCCUGCUACAGCAGCUCCUGCUACAACGGCAACAAUCGGUUUGCCAGCCACACGCGCUUCUCCUCUGUGGACAGCGCCAAGAUCUCCGAGAGCACAGUCUUUUCUUCACAAGAGGAUGAGGAGGAGGAAAACAGCGCGUUCGAGUCGGUGCCUGACUCAGUGCAAAGCCCAGAGCUAGAUCCCGAGUCCACAAAUGGGGCCGGGCCUUGGCAGGAUGAACUGGCUACCCCCGGUGGGAAUACAGCAAGAACUACUGAAGGUCUGGAGUCCCCCAUGGCAGGUCCCAGCAAUAGGAGAGAAGGUGAAUGUCCUAUACUCCAUAAUUCCCAGCCAAUAAGCCAGCUUCCUUCCUUGAGGCCUGAACAUCAUCACUACCCAACAAUCGAUGAGCCUCUUCCACCAAACUGGGAGGCUCGAAUUGACAGCCAUGGACGGGUCUUUUAUGUGGACCACGUAAAUCGCACAACCACCUGGCAGAGACCGACAGUGGCGCCGACCCCAGAGGGCAUGAUCAGAUCCGGGUCUGUCCACCAGAUGGAGCAGCUUAACAGAAGGUAUCAAAACAUUCAGAGAACCAUUGCAACAGAGAGACCUGAAGAAGAUUCUGGCAACCCAAGCUGUGAGCAAAUAGCAGACGGAGGAGGUGGAGGGAGUGACUCAGAAGCAGAAUCUUCCCAGUCAAGCUUAGAUCUGAGGAGAGAAGGGUCGCUUUCUCCAGUCAACUCACAAAAGAUCACCUUGCUACUUCAGUCCCCAGCAGUGAAGUUCAUCACCAAUCCUGAAUUCUUCACUGUGCUGCAUGCCAACUAUAGUGCCUACCGGGUUUUUACAAGCAGCACUUGCUUGAAGCAUAUGAUUUUGAAAGUCCGACGAGAUGCCCGCAACUUUGAACGCUACCAGCAUAACCGGGACCUGGUGAAUUUCAUCAACAUGUUUGCAGACACUCGGCUGGAACUGCCCCGGGGUUGGGAGAUCAAGACGGAUCAUCAGGGAAAGUCUUUCUUUGUGGACCACAACAGUCGGGCUACCACUUUCAUCGAUCCCCGGAUCCCUCUGCAGAAUGGCCGUCUUCCCAGUCACCUGACGCAUCGGCAGCACCUCCAGAGGCUCCGCAGUUACAGUGCCGGAGAGGCCUCAGAAGUCUCUAGAAACAGAGGAGCAUCUUUGCUGGCCAGGCCAGGACAUAGCCUGAUAGCUGCUAUUCGAAGCCAACAUCAACAUGAGUCCUUGCCACUGGCAUACAAUGACAAGAUUGUGGCAUUUCUUCGCCAGCCAAACAUUUUUGAAAUGCUACAAGAACGUCAGCCAAGCUUGGCAAGAAACCACACACUCAGGGAGAAAAUCCAUUAUAUUCGGACAGAGGGCAAUCAUGGGCUUGAGAAAUUGUCCUGUGAUGCAGAUCUAGUCAUUUUGCUGAGUCUCUUUGAAGAAGAGAUCAUGUCCUAUGUCCCCCUGCAAUCUGCCUUUCACCCUGGGUAUAGCUUCUCUCCCCGCUGUUCACCCUGCUCCUCACCCCAGAACUCCCCAGGUUUACAGAGAGCCAGCGCAAGAGCCCCUUCACCAUACCGAAGGGAUUUUGAGGCUAAGCUCCGCAAUUUCUACCGAAAACUGGAAGCCAAAGGAUUUGGUCAGGGUCCGGGUAAAAUUAAGCUCAUCAUCCGUCGCGAUCACUUGCUGGAGGGCACCUUCAAUCAAGUGAUGGCAUACUCCCGAAAGGAGCUCCAGAGAAACAAGCUGUACAUCACCUUUGUUGGAGAGGAGGGCUUGGACUACAGUGGCCCUUCCCGAGAGUUCUUCUUCCUUUUGUCUCAGGAGCUCUUCAACCCUUACUAUGGACUCUUUGAGUAUUCUGCAAAUGACACUUACACAGUGCAGAUCAGCCCGAUGUCUGCCUUUGUAGAAAACUAUCUUGAAUGGUUUAGAUUCAGUGGUCGUAUUCUGGGCCUGGCUCUGAUCCAUCAGUACCUCCUGGACGCUUUCUUCACAAGGCCUUUCUAUAAGGGACUCCUGAAACUGCCCUGUGAUUUGAGUGACCUAGAAUAUUUGGAUGAGGAAUUCCAUCAGAGUUUGCAGUGGAUGAAGGACAAUAACAUCACAGAUAUCCUCGAUCUCACUUUCACUGUUAACGAAGAAGUUUUUGGACAGGUAACAGAGAGAGAGUUGAAGUCUGGAGGUGCCAACACGCAGGUGACUGAGAAGAACAAGAAGGAGUACAUUGAGAGGAUGGUGAAGUGGAGGGUGGAGCGCGGAGUGGUCCAGCAGACCGAGGCGUUGGUGAGGGGCUUCUAUGAGGUUGUGGACUCGAGGCUCGUGUCGGUGUUUGAUGCUAGGGAACUGGAGCUCGUGAUUGCUGGUACCGCAGAAAUCGACCUGAACGACUGGAGGAAUAACACUGAGUACCGGGGAGGUUAUCACGAUGGCCAUCUUGUGAUCCGCUGGUUCUGGGCUGCAGUGGAACGCUUCAAUAACGAGCAGAGAUUGAGAUUACUUCAGUUUGUGACAGGGACAUCAAGUGUGCCCUACGAAGGCUUUGCAGCCUUGCGGGGGAGCAAUGGGCUUCGGCGCUUCUGCAUAGAGAAAUGGGGGAAAAUCACAUCCCUUCCCAGGGCACAUACAUGCUUCAACCGAUUGGAUCUCCCACCAUAUCCUUCCUAUUCCAUGUUGUAUGAAAAGCUGUUAACAGCAGUAGAAGAAACCAGCACUUUUGGACUUGAGUGAGGAAGUGGGACCCGGCCUGACGUUGUCCUGGACUGUGACACUACCCUUUCUGGGAUGACUUCCUUUCCCUCCUUGACUUUGGUAUCCCAUGAUUUUUAUUUCAAAGCAAAUUAGAAUUGGCAAAAGCUGUGCAUGAAGAAUUGCCUUCUUCUGAGAUCUAAUCUUCAGGCUUGUUUCCUCUGUUUCCAAUGAACUGCUAGCCUGUAUGCAAUACUACCAAACAGCUGUCUCAAGGUCUGUGCAUACCUCCACAUACCUCCAUUCCUAACAAUGAAGUACGAAUGCAAGUUACGCCACACUUGAUGAAACGGUAACAAAUGUUUACUUCCACUUCUAUCGUUCAAGGAUAAUUUGAGCUCUAAGCAUUCCAUGCUUUUAUACGCCCAUGUCUUCCAAGCAGAACCACCAUUUUCCCUAAUUUCUAACAACCAUUUUCCAGACGUAGGAGCUGACUGAUUUUGUUUUCCUCUCUAUCUCUACAUUUCCUAUGCAUUCUUUCCAUUCAAUGGGCAGCCAAGGCCACACAGACUUUUUUUUUUAUUCAUUCCACUCAUGAUUCAUAGGUGGCAUCAAUCCCAGAACCCAGAACUAGCCUAGACAUAUGGUGCAAAUAUGAAACUUCUAGCAAUUAACAACAGCAAGAAAAAAAAAAGGUUAUCAGUAAAUGCAAGGGUUAUAAGGACUAUGAACUCAACUCAUGUUCAGAAAAGUGUAGUGGGGAGCACCCCUAGUGUACCCUCACCACACAAGAAGCACAAACUGUGCACAUGUCCAAGGAGGAAACCCGAAUUGCUGUAGAUUGAAGGUUGAGCCUUUAACUCCAAUUUUGUUACAUAGAAAGUGAUAAGACAAACUGGAAAAGAGCAGCACAUUUAACAUGUAUUCAAAUACAUGAAUUCUGUUUAAUCUAUUCACACACACACAC